UUUAAUCUGAAAAUUUUUGUAUACGUCAAGUAUAAGCUUCCGGUUUUUGUUUUUCUUAUGAUGAUUUAAAUCUAUCUUUUAUUGUUAUUGUUUAAUUCAGGAAAAUUCUGUAAGAUCAUGUAAUUUAGUAAGCUUACAUGAUUAGUCGCAGAAAUUGAUCGUUGGUCGUUAAGCCUUUAACUUUAAAGUUUAAGGGCUAAAUGGUGUAGUAGAAGUAGAACUAGAAACGAGAUACAUUUCAUGUUAAAACUGUGAAAAAAUGCCAUCAAUUAAGAAGCAAGAUUUAACAGAAAAUGAAAAGUUUCCAAGAAUGACAAAGGCUUAUCUUCAUAAACUCUGUAAAGAAUUGAAAUUGUAUGCUACUCCGUACUUGAACGAUACCCUUUAUCUUCAUUACAAAGGAUUUGGGAAAAUUGAAAACUUGGAAGAAUAUACAGGUCUGAAAUGUCUUUGGCUUGAAUGUAACGGAAUUCGUCAGAUAGAGAAUCUGGACCAUUUGAAGGAGCUUCGGUGUCUGUUUUUAAAUCAGAAUUUAAUCAGUAAAGUGGAAAACUUGGAAGGAUUGGAUAAACUCAACACUUUAAAUCUGAGCAACAAUAGCAUAACUUGUAUUGAUAACUUGAGUUGUUUACCAGAGCUCCAUACGCUUCAAAUCAGCCACAACCGUCUGACAUCAGUAGAUGAUGUAGAACAUUUGAAGGAUUGUCAUAACAUAUCUGUUUUAGAUCUUUCUCAUAAUCGUUUAGAUGAUACCAAAAUUUUGGAUGUUCUCGGUGCUAUGAAAUCUCUGCGUGUUCUGAAUUUGAUGGGAAAUCCAGUUAUCAGGAACAUUAAAAAUUACCGAAAGUGUUGCAUCAUCAAUAUGAAAACCCUGAUGUACUUGGAUGACAGACCAGUGUUUGAUAAAGAAAGAGCAUGUGUAGAAGCAUGGGCUCAAGGAGGAAGAGAAGCUGAGAUUAAAGAACGACAGUUCUGGGUCCAGAAGGAACGUGAACGAAUUGAAAGAAGUGUCCAAGCUUUAUAUGAUUUGAGGAAAGAGAAGGAAGCUGACCAGAGCAAAAAAGGUAGUUGUGAAGACCACCAGCCAUUUGAUGUUGAACCCAGUCCUGCACACAAUAUUAUUACCAGCAGAGACUUGUUGACACCGAAAGACACUCCACAUGCAGCUACUUCCAAAGUUGGCAGUGAAAAUGAUAUACCAGAUUUGGAAUUUGUAGAGACUGCAGUUGGUAUAUCCAGCGUGCUUUGUGACCAGUCUACAGAUACAUCAUUUGGUGAUGACUCUGUUGUUGUUGGUGACUUAACUACAAAGAACCAUACUGUGGUAGAGGAGAAUCGUGAUGUACCUCAGAUCAGUGCGGAUACUUCGUGGAAGGUGGACUAUAAUAACCAGAACGAAGGAGAGAACAGUAACAGUCUUGAGACACUUAAUGUAAACCAGGAUACAAGCUCUGUUGUUGUUGGUGACUUAACUACAAAGAACCAUACUGUGGUAGAGGAGAAUCGUGAUGUACCUCAGAUGAGUGUGGAUACUUCGUGUAAGGUGGACUAUAAUAACCAGAACAAAGGAGAGAACAGUAAUAGUCUUGAGACACUUAAUGUAAACCAGGAUACAAGCUCUGUUGAUAAUAAAGAUGUCGUCUCUUCAUCAUUGUGCUUACUCAACAACUCAGAAAACAUAGAUUCAAACAUAAGAAAACAGGUGACUGAAGGAGAUGAACAAAAAUUAUUUGUGAACUAUGAUAAACCAUCACAACACGAUUCUCGUAAGAAGAUGGAUUUCAAAAAGUGUUUAACAAAAAGACAUGAAGAGACUGGACCUAUGAGGGAAAUCCCAGAGGAAGGUGAAAUUGAAAUUAUCACACUGGAACCAGAAACUCGUAACAAGAACAAAACUCAG